GUAUGCUAAAUGAAUCUCAUUUUAUUUGUGAAAGCAAACUUUGGUCUCAACGAGGAGAGGAUAAAUUUAAAGAAAUUCUUGCAAAGAUUGGUUUAACCCUCGCUGAAUGCCGCCAAAAUUUUGAAGUAAUCAAAAAAGAUCGCCGUUUGGAAAUUUUUAAAAUAAUAAAGGAAUAUUUAAAUAAAACCUUUGCUUCAUUCAAUACAAAUUUUGGAUUUAAUUCGACUUAUAAUGCUGUUGAUUUUGCUAGAAUUUUAACAAUUAGAUUAGAGUGGAAUCAGUCGGACAAGCCUGACACUGAACUUAGCAGACGUUUUGAGUCAACAAACGAGAUUUUGAGAGAAUUUUUCAAGACUGGAGGACGUGAAUUACCCCCUCUAAAGCAUUCCGUAGAGCUUUACAAAAUGGCUUUGAAAAGUUUAAAUGAAUUGGUUAAAAGGUCAAUAGCUCAAAAACAUGUAGUUUUAAUGUCAAGAUUUUUCCUUCUUUCGCUUUCUGAUCAGUGUUCAAUGCUCGGUCUUCUUUCUUCAAGGCAUUUUCUCUUUUUAUUUUUUCAUUCAGUAUUGCGUGCUUAUGUUUCCACGAAUCCAACCUCACGUGGAACCAAACCUUUCAUUCUUGUUUUUCCCUUGUUGGGUGAACAUUCAGGCUGGUAUUUGAUAUCCGGGUUAAUGCCUUUAGUCGAAAUAAUGGCUGAUACAAGUGGAAAAAGUGUAAUUGGAAGUGCAUUUAAACACGUCGCAAGAGAAGCAAAUAUAGAAAUUCGACAUACUUUUGAUUCAAAUGGUUUGUGGAUUUUUUUGUUUUUAAAUAAUAGGGAUCAGAUAUUCUCGGGGUGAGAAAAGAGUUGGGGUGUGUUUAGGGUUUUUUUAAAUUUUUCGGAUGGUUUCGGGUCGAAAAAGUCCUGAUUUCGAUUAUCGGGUCUCCAUAACCUGAAAUAUUCCUGCUAUAGAUGGGUAUAUCUUUCAUUUAUAAAAAUUUUUUUCAGAAUUUGGGACUAUUGUUUUAACUUAUUAUCAGUCCUACCUUUCCUUUUAUUGUUUUUUUUUUCUAAAUUUGGGAUUGUUUAGACUUAUAGAUCGGACUAGUUUUGACUUGCUCAAUUCUUUUUAUUUUAUUCUCACCUAUUUUUUAGUUGUAAUGAUACGGGCAUUGGAUCGAUUUCGCUUUCUUAACAUUUUGGAAGCUCGAUUUGAGU